GCGGGCGGCCGAGUGGCCGGCGGCCCAGUCCUCUGAGGCGCCCCUCCCCGGCCUCAGGGCUCCUGGAGCCGCCGCGGCGACGGUCGGGCCUCGGCGCCGGCCCGUUAGUUGCCCCGGCCCGCCGAGCUUCCCCGGCCCGCGAGGUGCUGAGCCCACUGACGUCAGCCCGGGCUUCCCCACCCUGGGUCUCCACUUGUCGCCGAGCCUUCCCGGGAGUGCUCGAUCCUGAGUGGUGGUGGCAGCUUGGCCGCCGCCUCUGGGACUCCCGGAGAAGAGGGGUCUUGGGGUGAAGACAGUGCGGGACUCAGUCUCCGUUUCUGCCCUGCCUCCCCGUUAACAGACGGGGAAACUGAGGCACGGGCCUCCGGCUGGCCCCGGCCGGCCCCCGCUGACCCCGAGAGCCCCGGGUUGCGGCGUCGCCCGUCCGUGUAGAGGGGCGUUUGGAUCGGUCGGUUUCGAGGUGUUUGCGGCGCCCGUCCAGGAAGAGCAGCCGGGGUUCUGACCUCGUUAAUGGCGUGUUCUGCUUCUUCUUUCCGUUUCCCGUUUCCAGGUUGAGGAUGGUUUUGCACAACAACCUGGAGUUCUGUAGUUGAAAGGUGCGCCCUGUUGCGACAGGCGUUUUGAUUGCUGUCUUCUUACAGAAUGGACACCAAAUUGCUCAAAACAUGCUUUGGGACUGCCUGUGAAUUCAUCUUCUGUGGUUUUACAACAAACUUACAAGUAGUUCCAUUUUUUUUUGAGUUAAUGUUUUGAAGUGAACGUCACAAUGAGUUCAGGCUUAUGGAGCCAAGAAAAAGUCACUUCACCCUACUGGGAAGAACGGAUUUUUUAUUUGCUUCUUCAAGAAUGCAGUGUUACAGACAAGCAAACGCAGAAGCUCCUGAAGGUACCGAAGGGGAGUAUAGGACAGUACAUCCAAGACCGGUCCGUGGGACACGCGAGGAUGCCUUCGGCCAAAGGCAAGAAAAAUCAGAUUGGAUUAAAAAUUCUAGAGCAACCUCAUGCCGUUCUCUUUGUGGACGAGAAGGAUGUUGUAGAAAUAAAUGAGAAAUUCACAGAGUUACUCCUGGCGAUCACCAACUGCGAGGAGAGGUUCAGCCUGUUUAAAAACAGGAGCAGACUAAGUAAAGGCCUCCAGAUCACUGUGGGCUGCCCCGUGAAGGUGCAGCUGCGGUCUGGGGAGGAGAAGUUCCCUGGGGUGGUGCGCUUCAGGGGCCCCUUGCUGGCAGAGCGGACGGUGUCCGGCAUCUUCUUUGGAGUCGAAUUGCUGGAAGAAGGUCGUGGCCAAGGUUUCACUGAUGGUUUAUAUCAAGGGAAACAGCUAUUUCAGUGCGAUGAAGAUUGUGGGGUGUUCGUUGCCUUGGACAAGCUAGAAAUCAUAGAAGAUGAUGACAAUGGACUGGAAAGUGAUUAUGCAGGUCCAGUGGACAACAUGCAGGUUGAACUUCCCCCUUUGGAAAUAAACUCCAGAGUUUCUUUGAAGGUUGGAGAAACUAUAGAAUCUGGAACGGUUAUAUUCUGUGAUGUCUUGCCAGGAAAAGAAAGCUUAGGAUAUUUUGUUGGUGUGGACAUGGAUAACCCUAUUGGCAACUGGGAUGGAAGAUUUGAUGGAGUCCAGCUUUGUAGUUUUGCGAGUGUGGAAAGUACAAUUCUCUUGCACAUCAAUGAUAUCAUCCCAGAUAGCGUGACACAGGAAAGGAGGCCUCCCAAACUUGCCUUUAUGUCCAGAGGUGUUGGGGACAAGGGUUCAUCCAGUCAUAGCAAACCAAAGGCUACAGGAUCUACCUCAGACCCUGGAAAUAGAAACAGAUCUGAAUUAUUUUAUACCUUAAAUGGGUCUUCUGUUGACUCACAACCACAAUCCAAAUCAAAAAAUACAUGGUACAUUGAUGAAGUUGCAGAAGACCCUGCGAAGUCGCUCACAGAGCUCUCUCCAGACUAUGGCCAUUCUUCACCGCCCCUGCAGCCUCCCUCCGUGAACUCCUUAUCCAGCGAGAACAGAUUUCACUCCUUACCGUUCAGUCUGACCAAGAUGCCCAACACCAAUGGAAGCAUUGGUCACAGUCCACUUUCUCUGUCCGUUCAGUCUGUGAUGGGAGAGCUAAACAAUGCCCCUGUCCAGGAGAGCCCACCCCUGCCUAUGUCUUCCAGCAACUCGCAUGGUCUAGAAGUGGGCUCACUGGCUGAAGUGAAAGAGAAUCCACCCUUCUAUGGGGUAAUCCGCUGGAUUGGUCAGCCUCCAGGACUCAAUGAAGUACUAGCUGGACUGGAACUGGAGGACGAAUGUGCAGGUUGCACAGAUGGAACCUUUAGGGGCACGCGGUACUUCACCUGUGCCCUGAAGAAGGCGCUGUUUGUUAAACUGAAGAGCUGCAGGCCUGACUCCAGGUUUGCAUCGCUGCAGCCCGUCUCCAAUCAGAUUGAACGCUGUAACUCUUUAGCAUUUGGAGGCUACUUAAGUGAGGUAGUAGAAGAAAAUACUCCACCAAAAAUGGAGAAAGAAGGUUUAGAGAUAAUGAUUGGAAAGAAGAAAGGUAUCCAGGGCCAUUACAAUUCUUGUUACUUAGACUCCACCCUAUUCUGCUUGUUUGCUUUUAGUUCUGUUCUGGACACUGUGUUACUGAGACCCAAAGAAAAGAAUGAUGUCGAAUAUUAUAGUGAAACGCAAGAGCUACUGAGGACAGAAAUUGUUAAUCCUCUGCGAAUAUAUGGAUAUGUGUGUGCCACAAAAAUUAUGAAACUGAGGAAAAUACUUGAAAAAGUUGAGGCUGCAUCAGGAUUUACCUCUGAAGAAAAAGAUCCUGAAGAAUUCUUAAAUAUCCUAUUUCAUCAUAUUUUAAGGGUAGAACCACUGUUAAAAAUAAGAUCGGCAGGUCAAAAAGUACAAGAUUGCUACUUCUAUCAAAUUUUUAUGGAAAAAAAUGAGAAGGUUGGAGUCCCUACAAUUCAGCAGCUGUUAGAAUGGUCUUUCAUCAACAGUAACCUGAAGUUUGCAGAGGCACCAUCAUGUCUGAUUAUUCAGAUGCCUCGGUUUGGAAAAGACUUUAAACUAUUUAAAAAAAUUUUUCCUUCUCUGGAAUUAAAUAUAACGGAUUUACUUGAAGACACUCCCAGGCAGUGCCGAAUCUGUGGGGGACUUGCAAUGUAUGAGUGUAGAGAAUGCUAUGACGACCCGGACAUCUCGGCUGGGAAAAUCAAGCAGUUUUGUAAAACCUGCAACACCCAGGUCCACCUUCAUCCCAAGAGGCUGAACCAUAAAUACAACCCAGUGUCGCUCCCCAAAGAUUUACCGGACUGGGACUGGAGGCACGGCUGCAUCCCCUGCCAGAAGAUGGAGUUGUUUGCUGUCCUCUGCAUAGAAACCAGCCAUUACGUUGCUUUUGUGAAGUACGGCAAGGAUGACUCGGCCUGGCUCUUCUUCGACAGCAUGGCUGAUCGCGAUGGGGGUCAGAAUGGCUUCAACAUUCCUCAGGUCACCCCCUGCCCGGAAGUCGGAGAAUACUUGAAGAUGUCUCUGGAGGACCUGCAUUCCUUGGACUCGAGAAGAAUCCAGGGCUGUGCGCGAAGGCUUCUGUGUGACGCCUACAUGUGCAUGUACCAGAGUCCCACCAUGAGCCUGUACAAGUGACUGCCCAGGGGAAGACCCCGAGCACACGCUGCACGCCGCAUCUGCCCGGAGCUGGCCCUUGUGCUGAGCGUCCAUUGCCGGCAAUGGAUGUCCGCGUGGUGGUGACCCCUCCGAACGGGAUUCCUGCGUUCCAAAACACAUUGCUUUUGUGUUACUGAAGUAUUUAAUAAGAAGCAUUUUGCACUCUAGAAAGUAUGUUUGUGUUGGUUUUUUAAGAAGUCUAAAUGAAGUUAUUAAUACCUGAAGCUUUAAGUUAAGUGCAUUGAUCAUAUGAUAUUUUUGGAAGCAUACAAUUUUAAUUGUGACAGUUUCCAACCUCUUUAGUCCAUUGAGAAUGUAAAUAAAUGUGUCUUCUUUAUGGACCAACAAUAUGAAAUCAUUUUUCCUUUGCAGCUAACGGUUGCCUGGAGGGAGAAAUAAUUUGAUUUUAUUCAGAGUCUAACUUUCAGUCAAAUUAUUCACGAUGUGCUGAGUUUGAUUUGUUAAUUCUUUCCUAGAUAGUGCUGGCCCCUGCAUGUCUGCAGCCUGCUGACUUUCUGUGUUUCUGCAAUUGUGGUCAGGAAAUACUUAGAUUCCCCUCCUGGUGUGCUGUGUUCUCUUUGUCCUGGUUUUGAGAUAAGUGAGUGCUUCUGUCCUAACAUGUCCCUUUCUGAUGUAACUUUCCUGGAGGAUGGGGGUGCGUGGCAGGUGGAGUUCUUGGGUCCGUGCGUGUGUGCGGUGACUGGCUGCUCUCAGCGUUUCUGAUUUCAAGGCUCCAUGUCAGGCAGUUGGGCUCAGCACCCCUUAUGAAAAGACUGGAGCAAUAAGCAAAUAUUAUGUUCCUAAACAAAUAGUCCAUAACAAUUAAUUCGGUGUAUAGAGUGACGUAUUAAGAUUUUCCUGAAAGAUGUGCUGGAUUUUUGAAACCUGUGCAGAACUGAAGUUGGGUCAGCUGGCCACUACCUUUACUAGAAUCAGUUUGGAUUCAUCUGAGAUCAUGACCCUUAAGAAUCGGAUAUUUUAUUGAAAUGCUGGUAGCAGCUUCAUCCUCCUUCAUAUUAAUCGAGUAGAAAAUGAUCGCUUCCCUCGUGUGUGCGUAGGGCGUGGAGCAGAACCGUAGACUAUCAGUGUCAGUGCUGUGCGAUGUUGAUUCUCUGGGUGUUGUUUUGUGCUGUUGUCGUCUUUCUGGACUGAAUUCCUGAACUUGCAGAAAGACAGAUAAAGUGUCAUGUGCACCUGGCAUACGACUUCCUGAAAUCGGGAAUGUCAACAAAGGCGGAAAGAAUCUUCACGAACCCUGCAAUUAGUGUUUUAGAGGUACUUUUACUCUUUGGUUUUAUCAGUCCAUUUUACUAAUAUUUAUUAGCUUAUGAAUCAUAAUGAGGUUCCAGAACUCACCUUGUGAUUUUUCCAGUUUUACAGUGUAAAAGUGCAUACAGUUCACAAGGGUUUGUGCUGUGACGUGCUUCGGUUGGGGUGGUGAGGGGAUAAUGGGACGGGGGUUGAGGCUGAGGAACCGUCUGGAAGUCCGCAUGUAAUAUAUAUUGAAUAAAGCACAGGCUGAGUGAGUCCUCAAUGUGAUUUUAAGAGAUUGGAGGAAUGAGUAGGAGUCUAAGUACAGGUUUAACAUUAGAGGGAGGAAGAGACAGCUCUCCUUCUUUCCAGAAAUGGCAACAGGACAGCCUGAGGCCGCCCUGCCCUUCCCGGAGACUUGAACCGACUGUGCGGGUGUGUGCGUGGUUUCCGAGGUCCGUCACAACUUCUGAUGCCAUUGCAGGUGGGGCUUUCUGCCCUGACUUUACUGGGGGCAGAGAGCACUCAGUGGAGGGUGCCAAGGGCCAGCUCUGGGACUUCCUUCCCUUGCUCCUGAGUGCCACAGGCCAGCCAGGAACCUCCUCACCCCAGCUGGCCCUCCCAGACCCCUCUGGGUGGCCCCCACUGUUCCUGCAGAGCCUCGUUUGUCAGGUGGGGCGUUGUCAGGCCCAGGCUGCGUGGCACAGGUGGACACUGUCCCUGCCAGUUGAUUUCUUUUUCGGCCUUAAAUUUUCUUUAGUAUUUUCCUGUUGGGUUUUUAAAUGUUUUGGUUAUUUUUUUCUCCUUAUAUCUAGAAUCAAGAUGACAGUAUAGUAGAAUUAUCUUAUUUAUAUCUUGGUUCAUGAUUCAUAGCUACAAAUGGAUAAUAUCACAAGACAUGUUUCCCCUGCUCCAUACACGUGUGUAUGUGUUUAUAUAUAUAUAGAUAUAUGGGGAGAGAGAGAGAGAGAGAGAGAGAGAGAGAGGAAAAACCACGUUGUACUGUAGAGACUAGAUAUGUCCAGUUCCUCACUAUCAGCUUUAUAAAGGAGUUUGACCCACCCAUAAAAGAAUGUUUUAUAAGACUGGGAAAACAUGUUGAAAACCAAGACAAACAGUAAUCGGUAUAGUUUGUUACAGUUGUUAAGGUUUUCUUCUGAGAAUAGUUGAGGAUUUUUAUAGUUUCUAUUUGCCAAAUGUUAUAGGUAAAAGGCCAGGUUCUUCCUGUUCCUCCUUUUUUUUUUUUCCAUGUAAUUUGAGAACAAGGAGGGAGAGUUUAAUAACUGAUAUAACGCCACCCCAAUACCUGGUUUAUUGUCAUAAACUCAGGCACUUCCCGACCCUUUGUGGGAGCUCAGUGUCCAGAUAGAUAAUUUUGCAUCUACGUGGAUGAUCAUGGGUGGAGAUGUGAGGGGAGAAUACAGUAUCCGUCCUCAGCUGAGUGGCGCCAGCCAACGAUGUCCACUGUGUGUGUGCUGGGUGCCUAGGAGUGUGUCGGGGGGACAGGAGACACGGCCUCUGCCCUCACUCAACAGCAGGACACUGACCCCUUGCUUUACUGGAGUGUGGCGGCAGCAGGUCUGGAGGAAGCUGUGGGAGGCCGUGGAGCUGACAGAACAGUGGGGGCUGGGGAGCCCGAGACCUGGGUCUGGCCCUGUGUCUGUCUCCUGUUCUGCAGCCUUAGGCAGCAUCUUGACUUCCUGGGCUUUCCUUUCCUCCUCUGUGUAACAAGGGAGUUGGACUAUUGAACUGAAUAGAGGGAAGAAUGCGAAUUCCUGGGCCUCCAUCCUUGGCUGGUGAAUCUAACUGUUCCUGCAGGCACCUGGGGACUGUUAGUGCAAAGCUCACUUAAUGUGAAAGGCAGAGAGAGAGAGAAUGAAUCUUCUAUCUGCUGGUUUACUCCCCAAAUGGCCACAGUGGCCAGAGCUGUGCCUAUCUGAAACCAGGAGCCAGGAGCUUCUUCCAGGUCUCCCACACGGGUGCAGGGGCUCAAGCACUUGGGCCAUCUUCUUCUGCUUUCCCAGGCCAUAGCAGAGAGCUGGUUUGGAAGUGGAACAGCCAGGACUUGAACCAGCACCCAUAUGGGAUGCCAGCGCUGCAGGUGGCGGCUUAUCCGCACAACUCUGGCCCCAUGUUAUUGUGUUAAUCAUUCCACAUAACUGGGCGAUUGGCUGGUUCUCACAUUGUUUAUCUGUGUGCACGUGUGGAUUUAUGUGGGAGAUGCAUCUUAGUAAAUAGACCUGAGCCUGCUGCUCCGUAGCAGUGUCUGGAGCACAGGUACAUCCUAAGAGGAUAUUUAUUUGAACACUUUUCUUCCAAUUUGAUUUCAUUAGGGGAAAUUGAGGCUGUAGGAGCCAAAUAAAUAGAAAAAAUUCUCAUGCAAAGUUAAAGGGAAAAUAUCCCAUAAUUGUCAUUUGCUACUUUACGAUGAAAAUUUAAAAAUGAUAUGGGAGAAUUUUCCUCUGGGGUGGCAGGCUUCUCAUCAUAAAGGGUAUCCUUGGGAAAGUCACCAGUCCAGUGGUGUGCUAUGAAAAAGAAGGGCUUGUUCUCUUGGGGUUGGUGACAUGAACAAUGCAUCCACAACUCUCUCAUUUAUUUAUUUUUUUUUAAGAUUUAUUUAUUCCUUUGAAAGAGUCACAGAGAGGCAGAGAGAGACGAAGAGGUCUUCCAUCUGCUCGCUCAUUCCCCCAAUGGCUGGAGCCAGGAGCUUCCUCUGGGUCUCCCGUGUGGGUGUAGGGGCCCAAGGACUUGGGCUAUCUUUCAUUGUCUUCCCAGGCCAUAGCAGAGAGCUGGAUGGGAAGUGGAGCAGCUGAGACUUGAACUGGCGCCCAUAUGGGAUGCCAGCACUGCAGGUGGAGGCUUUACUUGCUAUGCCACAGCGCCAGCCCCCAUAACUCUCUUAUGAUGAUUAUUUUUGUUAUGUAUUUGAAAGGCAGUGUGACAGAGGUAUAAGGGGUGGGGGUUUGGGAUAUAGGGAGAGAGACAGGGAGAGGUAUCUUUCCUCUUCUGAUUCACUCUCUAAAAGCCUGCAACAGCCACGGCUGGGCCAGGCCAAAGCCACAAGCCAGGCACUCCACUUGGGUCUUCCACAUGGUUGGCAGGAACCCAAGGACUUGGGCCGUUAUCUGAUGCCUCCCAGGAGCGUUCUCGGGGAGCUGGAUUGGAAGUGGAGGUGGGACUUGAUCCCAGGCACUUCCAUACAACAUGGGUGUCCCAAACAGUGGCUUGACCUGUUGCAUCACAGUGCCCCCACACCAAGUUCUCCCUCGAUGCAAAGAAUACUUGAGUUCUCCAAAGCAAGUAGUGCGUGGAAGAGAAGAGGGGACGUUAAAAUGGAAACUAGUGUGCAAGAGAGGCUGGGGGAACAAAGGUGUGAGCCGAGCCCACUCGUGCGGGUGUGCGUGGGGCCAUGUGGACCAGGGUGCUCUUUCAGGCCCUUAUACCGUGGUCCUGCGGGAGUGCGCGCUGGCCUUGUCUGUUCUCCUUUGAGACAGCUUUCUGGAGGAAGACUUCUCAGCUUACUCUAGACCCUGGAGCAGCUGAACGGUUUCUCUGGUGUCAGAAGGCAGUGGGACCGGUAUCAACAGAUGUGGCCGAGGACAGUGAGAAAGCGUCCUCUUUGAGUCCUAGUCAACAGCACUGUUGGUAGCCAGGCCGCUCCAGAACCCCGUGGCCCUUCCCAGCCCUCUGUCUUGGCAGUGAGGGUGAUUCUGUGUCACCAGACUCUCAUUGCUGGGCAACACAGAGGUCAGGGAGGAGGGCCAGCCCCGCGGCUUCCAGCCUAACCCUCCUGGACCCGGAACCCCGGCCGCUUCCACUGUGCAGGGAUCCUGGAGUGCUUGUGCAGGAGGCUCAGCUGUUCUGGGUGGUAUUUGAUAAAAGGACCUGGUACUGAGGGCCCGGCAUCACAGACAUUUCUGUUAGGAGACAGCCACGUUGGCGACUUCCCAGGGAAGUCGAGCUGUAUGGAGGAGCUCGGUGCAGAGGAGCGCAUUUUGUACCGAGUUUCCCACUCCUGGUAUCGCGGUCAACAUUUAAAAAUUUUUUUUUGCCUGAAGAGCAUCCUGUAUUUAUGAAAACAUUCUCAAUACACCACAGAAAAUAUCCCUUUACUAUCAGAUUGCUCUGAUUUAGCCUUAAUUUUGUUAAAUUUUUUAGAGAUGAAUGAAAUGCUGCUGUGGAGAGAAAUGUACUCUGUACUAUUUCUUGUGUCAUUAAAAUGAGAUUUUUAUGGUU